AUGGCUAGUGAUAGCAUAUUGGCAGACCUCGACGAAUUGGACACACCUCGGGCCAAGAGUGUUGGAUUCAGGAAGAAGGUGGUCAAAGGAAGGAAUGUCAGGUCCAAGGUGCUCGAAUGGGAAGCACCAGCCGCGGUAGACGGCCCUGAUCUGAAGCUAUCCUCUAGGGCAGAAGACGAAACUGCAACGACGAAAGACCCCUUGCCAUUCGAACUCCCUGAAAAAGCUCUUUCUGAUUCACCAAAGGACUCUUCGACGGGUGCUGUGAGCCCCAAUGCAAUAACAGUGACAGCACCACAACCACCACCAACACAUUACAAACAACCUGGCAACUUCAACACUCGCAAGAUUUUGAACAGAAUGAAACGAAAGCUUCAUGUCGAAGUGGAAGAGGCUAGUGAAGCAUUUGAUGAGGAUCCAGAGAAUAACCCCAUGGUGGAAAAUCUCGAAGAUUUGGAUACGGAAACUAUUUCCAGUAUUGCCAACUUUACAACAGUAAGGAACGAUGCCAGCGUUGGCCCGGAAGAGAAAAAAUAUGUGCCAGUGCCUGGAGAAACUGAACCAGUUUUCAAAGUCACUGAGAAAGAGCUACGUGAAGAAUAUGACGACAAGUUCAACUAUGAUGAUGGAGCAAAUGAUAAUAAUACCGAAGUCAAAUACGAUGCUGACGUCGAUAACGAUAUAGAUAUGGAUGAGGAGCAUGCAGGCAAAUUGAACUUGGGCGGAUUGGAUAAGCCAUUCGAAAUCAACCAAGAAAUGUACGACUUGGAGCUUGGAGUCACCAGCGAAGAAGACAAUAUCCCCGAAGAAGCAGCAAGCAAGGUUGCUGAUGGUCUGCGUACCUUUAAUACUAAGUUACAUGAGGUAUUAAGUAUUCAGAAUCAGGUUUCCGCUAUCAAUGAUUUGAUAUCACAGUUACAAUCGGCUCAAAUAUCCAUUAACAACGAAAGGCAAGUUCAGCAGGCUGAGCUUGAUCGAACGCGCGAAAGAAAGAACACUUUACUUCAAGAAUUAGCACAGUGA